AUGGCGGCUCCAUUCACCGACACUGGCGUCAAGGCCAACGAGUUCACCGAGUUCGACUACAUCGUCGUCGGAGGCGGUACUGCUGGUCUUGCUGUCGCUGCUCGACUCUCGGAAGAUGCUUCGGUCACCGUCGGCGUCAUCGAAGCCGGUCUGUGGCGACCCGAGGAUCCCAAAAUCAACUAUCCUGCCUUCAUCGGCCAGUCGCUCAUGAACCCUGAGUACGACUGGUGCCUUGAGACCGAGCCUCAGCAGCACUCCAACGGUCGCAAGUACAUCUGGCCGCGAGGCAAGGUCCUAGGCGGCAGCAGCGCACUCAACUUCCUUGUCUGGCAGCGCGGCUACAAGGGCGAGUACGACGACAUCGGAAAGCUCGGCAACGAGGGCUGGAACUGGGAUGACUAUGCCACCUUCUCUCGCAAGUCGGCCACCCUCGACAAGCCCUCGUCCGAACUUCAGAAGGCCAAUCUAGCCACAUGUGAUGAGGAGCUCCACGGAAAGGACGGUCCGCUUCAGACGUCGUACAGCAAGUGGUACACCGGCGCUCAGCGGCCCUGGUUCGAUGCGCUCAAGAGCCUGGGCAUCCUCAACGUCUCGGACGGUCUAGGAGGCAGCAACAGCGGAUUCUGGGUCUCGCCUGUCACCAUCGACUCCAACAAGAGCGUGCGAUCCUACUCGGCCAACGCCUACUAUGCCCCCAACGCCUCGCGCAGCAACCUCAAGGUCAUCACGGGUGCGCACGCUUCCAAGAUCGUAUUCGCAGAUCAGAAGUCCUCGAAUGGAGACCUGGUCGCCUCUGGUGUCGAAUUCAUCGUCGACGGCAAGACAUACACUGUCAAAGCCCGCAAGGAGGUCGUCGUCAGCGGCGGUACCGUCAACAGCCCUCACCUGCUCGAGCAUUCGGGCAUCGGCAAGGCAGAGGUGCUCAAGGCUGCAGGCGUCGAGCAGCGUAUUGAGCUCGAUGUGGGCGAGAACGUGCAGGAUCACGUCUACUGCACCAGCUCGUUCAAGCUCAACCCCGGCUACAUCACCUGGGACAAGAUGCGCCAGGAUGACUUCGCCAAAGCAGCCAUGGAGCAGUACCACGGCGAGGGCGAGGACCGCGGUAUCAUCGCCUCUGCGUUUUCCGGCUUCGCCUACAUUCCGCUCUCGCAGUACCUUUCGGCUGACGAGAUCGCCAAGAUCAAGAGUGAUGUCGAAAAAGUCGACUGGUCCAAGUACUCGAAAGGCGUUCAAGAGACGGUCAAGAUGCAGCUCGCUCGACUCGACGACGAAAAGUGCCCAUUCACAGAGUUGAUCUUUGCCCCUGGCUUCUUUGCGACCGCGUCUCCUCCUGCGGAUGGACAGGAGUACUACAGCAUCCUCUCGUGCCUCCAGCAGCCCUUCUCGCGCGGCAACAUUCACAUCGCCAGCAGCGAUGCCACGCAGCCAUCCAAGAUCAACCCCAACUACUUUAGCGUAGACGCCGAUCUCGAGAUCUUGUCCAAGGCGGUCAAGUACUGCGAAACUGUCACUGCCACUUCACCUCUGAAGGAGAUCACGGUUGCAAGGCAGGAUCCUGACCCAGAGAAAUACAGCUCGGACGCCGACUUUAGAGAGUUCACCAAGGAUCAGUCGGUGACAGAGUACCACCCGAUCGGAAGCUGCUCCAUGAUGCCUCGCGAGAAAGGAGGUGUGGUCGACGCCAGGUUAAAGGUGUACGGCACGAGCAAUGUGAGGGUGGCGGAUGCAUCCAUCAUCCCUAUCCACGUCUCUUCGCACAUUGUCGCGACGGUGUAUGCCAUUGGAGAGAAGGCGGCUCACAUGAUCCGCGAAGAUGCCGUGAAAGCUUAG